UCAUGGAAAGAUUCCUUCUCUUCGGUCCUCAACUAAAGCCUUUUUCAUUAUAUAUUACACAGAAGUAGGCCAACUACCCCUUAACUCUUUCUCUCAGCCCCGUCUCUUUCAAUAUCUUCUUCCUCUUCUGAUCUCUUAAUCCUUAUUCACUUUCUUCCUUUCACUAGUCUCUCUCUCUCUCUCUCUCUCUCUCUCUCUCUCUCUCUCUCUCAUGGCUACCAAAUCACAAUCAGCUGAUUCAUCUCCUAAUCUGAAGAUCAUAGUUGAAAGCAAUCCCUCUAGUUCGCGCUUAUCAGAACUCGGUAUUAACUCAUGGCCCAAAUGGGGAUGUCCGCCGGGGAAGUUCAUUCUAAAGUUUGACGCUUCGGAGACAUGUUAUUUGCUGAAAGGCAAGGUUAAGGUGUAUCCAAAAGGCUCAUCAUCAUCGUCAUCAGAUCAUGAGUUUGUAGAAUUUGGAGCAGGAGAUCUUGUAAUCAUUCCUAAGGGACUUAGUUGCACAUGGGACAUCUUAGUUGCGGUUGAUAAAUAUUACAAAUUUGAUUCUCCUUCAUCUUAGACUAAUUAGUGUUCAUCAUGUAAUAGAUUAUAUAUAUAUAUAUAUAUAUAUAUAUGCAUGUUAAGGAAAUUACAUAUUAUAUAUAGUGAUUUUUCAGUUUGUAGUUGUUACUAUAUGUUUCAUGGAUUCUAACUAUGGAGAGGGGAUGUAAAUCUCAGAGUUGGUGUCGUUUUUGGUUCUGAUGGUCUUGAUCAAUAUCAUGGUGAUCAGUCAACGAAUGCUCCAAAAGAUGAUGUAAAAGAACAAAAUGAAUCAGCAAUCCACUUGCGGACACGUGUUUUUUUUGUUCUUUUUGACCGGUCAGUGGUCAGCUAAGGGAGGUUUUAUAUGUUAUGAACACAAAGAAAAGCAUCUCUCUCUCUCUCUCUCUCGUUGUCGUUUGUAAUUUUUUUUGUGCACGUGAGAGUUGAUAGCCACCAUUAUAAUUCUCCACAUUUAAUAACAUGUGCAAGUAGUUAGUUAGAAGCAAAAAGCUAAAUGAGUUUUUCCAUC